GCGAAGGCGGCACGGGCUCGGGCUCGGGCUCCGAUGGUAUGGAAAUUGCAUUACUGUGUGGCGUCAGCCUUUGCUUUUCCAAUCCCAUCUUACCCAGGAUGCACUAGGUGUGGGCUGGCCCCCACCCUACCCUGACAAGUGACCAUGGACCCUGGAGCCGGGCCAGAGUCAUCUCUGACUGUCAAUGAGCAGGUCAUCGUGAUGUCAGGCCACGAGACCAUUCGAGUGCUGGAAGUUGGAGUGGAUGCCCAGCUCCCUACUGAGGAGGAGGGCAAAGGACUGGAGAAUGUGGCUGCCGAGGGCUCCCAGAGCGGAGGCCCUGCUGAAGCCAGUGGACCUGCUGGUGAAGCUGGGCCAGACAACCCAGAGUCCUCUGCAGAGGCAACUGUGAAGUCACUCCCGGGGAUCCCUCUGAGCUCUGCCCCCACCAUUGCCACCUUCAGCCAAGCCCCAAGCCAGCCUCAGGCAUCACAGACCCUGACACCACUGGCUGUGCAAGCUGCCCCCCAGGUCUUGACUCAGGAAAACUUAGCCACAGUUCUGACAGGAGUUAUGGUUCCAGCAGGGGCAGUUACUCAACCUCUUCUUAUCCCCAUCAGUAUUGCAGGUCAAGUGGCUGGUCAGCAGGGGCUGGCCGUGUGGACAAUUCCUACAGCAACCGUGGCUGCCCUCCCAGGACUGACCGCUGCUUCUCCUACGGGGGGAAUUUUCAAGCCACCUUUAGCCGGUCUCCAAGCAGCUGCUGUGCUGAACACCGCUCUCCCGGCACCCGUACAAGCCGCCCCACCAGUACAGGCCUCGUCGCCGGCCCAGUCCCGGCCACCGGCCCAGCCCCAGGCGCUGUUCCAGACCCAGCCGCUGCUGCAGACCACACCUGCCAUCCUACCGCAGCCCACAGCUGCCACCGCUGCUGCCCCCACCCCAAAGCCAGUGGACACACCCCCACAGAUCACUGUCCAGCCUGCAGGCUUCGCAUUUAGCCCAGGAAUCAUCAGCGCUACUUCCCUUGGGGGACAGACCCAGAUCCUAGGCUCCCUCACCACAACUCCUGUCAUUGCCAAUGCCAUUCCCAGCAUGCCGGGGCUCAGCAGCCAGAUCCUCACCAAUGCUCAGGGACAGGUUAUUGGAACACUUCCGUGGGUAGUGAACUCAGCUAGUGUGGCAGCCCCAGCACCAGCCCAAAGCCUGCAGGUCCAGGCCGUCACCCCCCAACUGUUGCUGAACGCUCAGGGCCAGGUGAUUGCGACCUUGGCCAGCAGCCCCCUGCCUCCACCUGUGGCUGUCCGGAAGCCGAGCACGCCUGAGUCCCCUGCUAAGAGUGAGGUGCAGCCCAUCCAGCCCACAUCAGCUGUGCCCCAGCCCGCUGUGGUCAUUGCCAGCCCAGCUCCAGCAGCCAAGCCGUCUGCCUCUGCUCCCAUCCCAAUCACCUGCUCAGAGACCCCCACCGUCAGCCAGUUGGUGUCCAAGCCACAUACUCCAAGUCUGGAUGAGGAUGGGAUCAACUUGGAAGAGAUUCGGGAGUUUGCCAAGAACUUUAAGAUCCGUCGGCUCUCCUUGGGCCUCACACAGACCCAGGUGGGUCAGGCUCUGACGGCGACAGAAGGCCCAGCCUACAGCCAGUCAGCCAUCUGCCGGUUUGAGAAGCUGGACAUCACGCCCAAGAGUGCCCAGAAACUGAAGCCGGUGCUGGAGAAGUGGUUGAAUGAGGCCGAACUCCGGAACCAGGAAGGCCAGCAGAACCUGAUGGAGUUUGUGGGAGGUGAGCCCUCCAAGAAACGUAAACGCCGCACCUCCUUCACUCCCCAGGCCAUAGAGGCUCUCAAUGCCUACUUUGAGAAGAACCCACUGCCCACGGGCCAGGAGAUCACUGAGAUUGCUAAGGAGCUCAACUAUGAUCGUGAAGUGGUACGGGUCUGGUUCUGCAAUCGGCGCCAGACUCUUAAGAACACCAGCAAGCUGAAUGUCUUUCAGAUCCCUUAGGGCUCAGCCCCCGGCCCUGCGUCCAGCACUUUGUACUUGUCCCUUGGCUCCCAGCUGCAGCCACUGCCAGGGCAGCACCUGCCCUUUUGCCACGUGCAGCUGUGUGCGCCCUAGGUCAUGAGACUCCACCGUGUGCAUGUACGUCACUGCCUCCUUCUCCCCCACCCCCCACAACAUGGGGAAACCUGAGGGGCCCACAUGGGAGCUCCAGGCUUGGGCUGGCUGUGCAGAAGAGGAGUGGUGGUGUCACUUAGAGAAGCACUUUGCUAACAUGUUUCUGAAGGGUAAAUUCUGGUUGGGAACCAGAAAGUCCCUGGCCCUGGGGCAGGGCUGUAGCAGCUCCUAAGGCCAUUAGCUCUUGCUUUUUUGCCAUUCCCCUUCCAGCCCUCUUCUCCUUUGCUCCUCUGUGUUAGUGUGGCAGGUGUGACACCUCAUUCAGUGGAACUGCAGCCUCCUGCUGCCCCUCCCCCACACUUGACCUAUAGGCACACUGUCCCCUAGAAAGGCCCCAGGAAAUAAAAUUCACCAAAGUGUGAUGUGCUGCUUAGAAGGUCAGGCUCAGGCAGCACCUAUGGCUC